UGAGAAUCUAGUCAAUAGUUGUCAAAUGUCAAUUCGGUUUGAUUUGAUUUUCCCUUUUCAUCUUUCUACCGACUUUAACGGAAUUUUCAAUUUCCUUUAAUUUGAAAACAUAUUUUAUAACUUUUGGUUCGUUGUUUGGUUUUGGUGGUUUGUUCAUCGUUCAUCAUCAUCCAGAAUUUUUAGCAAUGGACUGCGGAGAUACCAGAACAUCUAGCAGCAUCAGCAUCAGCCACAACAGCUCAGCACAUCAUUUAGAAAAUAAAUUUGCUAAAAUGAAAGAAGUUAUUUUUUCCAUAGAAAAGUACAUUGACACAAGGGCUGAGGAUGAAGCUAUCAAAAUUAAUCAACAUUUACUGGCACUCAGCUUAUCUUUGGACCUAAAUAUAUUUGACCCGAACUCAUACAUUGCAAGCAAAUUCUUCAUAAGCAUCUACAACAUAAUGAACGCUUUAGAACCACGAUCAUUAACCAGCUGGUAUUGCGUCGACGUCUUGCUAAAUGCCUGCAAAAAUGCAUCAGCUAGACGAGCGCUGAUGGAAACUUAUCAAUUUUUACCAUGCUUGGCUCGCAUAGUAGGCGACCAGCAUACAAUGGAUAAAAAUUUGAGACUUUUGAGGCUUAUAUUAUGUAUAACCUGCGGUAUCAAAAUUCGUUGGCAUGUUCCCCAUAUGACUCACUUAAUGUUGAUUUUGUGCAAAUGGAUUGAGAGGAAAGAAUCUGAAAUAAGUUCUUUGGCAUUAGGAAUAUUAGUUAACCUAUGCUAUAAGAACGUGCACAGUGUAUAUAUUCUACAAAGAAAUGUGGAUUUAAAAAAGUUUAUAAGGAUGUGUUUGGCCUUAAAGGGACCAAUGAUUGAAGUCUAUGUAUCCCAAAUAUCAAUAGUUUUGGAACACAUAUCUGGAGAGACUCCAGCAUUUAUGUUUCCUUCUUUAAUAGAAAAUACAUUUACAGCAGUUGUGGAAGCAUCUAGAAAGAAAGACAGUAUAGUUUUAAAACAAAUUAUUGAAUUUUUUAUGGAAUUUGUUAAAAAUAAUAACUAUAAUAUGACUAGCUUUAAUAAUAAAGAGAGUAUUGAAAAUAUUAUGAAUUUAAUAGACACCAAAAAUAGUAAUUUUCAAGAUCCAGAGUGUCUUGCAGUUAUCCUAGAAUUUAUAAAUUUUCUCAUUGAGAUCAAAGUGCCCCAAAUGGCAAGUCUAUAUUCUGAAAUAAUUUCUUUAGCCCUAAGAUGGAUUCAGGAAUCCACUGUAUCAGUCAAAGCCCUGACUGUAUUAAAAACUAUUGCUGUAAAUAUGGACAAAAAGGACGAAAAAUUAUUAGAAUCACUAGUCGGUAGUUUAAAGGUGUUUUUGUUGAUUUUACAUUCGUUCAAAGAGGAUAAAACAAUACUUAGUAAUACUGAGUAUAUUAAAAGGUUGGCAGCCUUACUACAGCUUUUGACUGUAUUGGUUCCAGUAAAAUCAAAAUCAAUCAGCAAUAAAAUUGCCACAGAACUUAAUGAAGAAAUGUUUACAAAUAUACUUUUUCCAGUCCAAAGUGAUAAUAAUAUACAACGCUUAGGGGAAACCACUAGUUCUACUGAUGGAAUCAAUUUGUAUAUUUAUACUUUAGCCUUAAUAGCAAAACUGGCGGAAUGUAGCAAUAGCUGGUUGGUUUUCCAAAACAAAAUUUUAGAUAAUCCACAGAUUCACUUGAUUAUGGCCCAAGCGAUAUGUGGUAGCCCUUCUGAAGUCAAGAAAAUUGCUCUAGAACUGUCUCAUUCUUGUUCUGAUGGAGUUGCCAGUGCGGUGGCUAAUCUUCUAUCGAAUAAUACAGGAAAAGAGCCAAAUGGUGCUGUGUUCGCUUCACAGACACCAGAUAUGAGCUUUAGUUUAUUUCCGGUAUGCCAGCAAGAACGACUUGAGACUAUAAUGGACAAUUUUGAGAGACAUUUAGCGAAUAAUACUGUAGGCAACAUAGCAACUUCCGAGGUUAUGGAACUCUACACAUACAAGUUUUCAUAUUUGUCCCAAGCAGAAAGAGCAGCAUUAUCAAGUUUGGAAGCGGCGACAAAGCAUUGCACACAAUUACAGCAUGGUAAUUCGCAACUAACUUACGAAGUUAGAAAUCUUCAACAAUUGGAAAUGUACAACACACAAAAACUGGAGGAAUUAUCCAAGAAGAAUGACGCUGUCACUACGGAUUUGAAACAAGUCCAAAAUAAACUUGGCGCUGAAAAGGGAAAAUAUGCAGCAAUGAAAUUAGAAUUUGAUAAGAAUAUGAAAGAUUUGGAAGAAAAGGAAUCGGCACUAAAUGAAUUGAAAGAAAAACACGUAAAAUUACAACAUCUGUUCAGUAGAGUACAAGAAAAUUGCAAAAAACACGAGUUAAAGGAAGUAAAGCAUGAGAAAAUCAUUAAAGACUGCCAAGAGAGGAUUAAUGAUUAUACUAAUCAAAUAGAAGAAUUUAAAAAACGUGUCGAACAACAACAAAUUGCACUGGAAGAAACAAGAACCGCUUUGCAGGCAAAGUCUGCCAUUCUCGACAGUAUCACAAGGAUGGCUAAUUCUUCAAAUUGCUGCUGAAAUCAAUUGUUUUGUGGUAGAGUAAGAAUGUAAAUAUUUGAAUUAUUUAUAAGGGAAGAAGUUGAACUUUGCAAUGGUUAAUUAUAUAGGCUUAAAGAGAAUCUGCAUAACUUUAUAUCCAUAGAGGAGAUUUGUCUUCUUUUUGGUAUUUUUAAUUUAAUUUAAAAUUGUCUUUUUAGAGAGGAAUUAAGACUGUAUAUUAUUUUAGACUUUUCCUAAUCUCUAUUCUGAUUUCAUUUAUGCCUGAUGUAAACAAUAAAUAUAGUGUGAGUAGUCUUUUGUCAAAUUAGAUGUAUGCUACUGCACUAUGUUUAUUUUUCACAUUAGGCGUUAUUGAAAUCUGAAUAGAGUUUGCUUGCUUUUAUUUUAAUAUACUGUGAUUACCAUUUUAGUUGAAAUCAGUUAUUUUUAUGAGCUUCAUUUUUAAGGCAAUAGGAUUUCUAUGUCCAUGAAGAAAAUGUUAUGUAGUAGGUAGUGGAUACAUUUUUUUUAUAAGGAAAACUGUCAUGCUGAAUCUCUUGUUUCAGCAUACAGUGAGGCUCCAAACAUUUGGUACAACAAAAGAGAAGAACUAUUGAAUGUACUAAAGCACUUUCGUUUGAUAAAGGAAAUGAACGAAAAUUAGUGGGUAUUUUGGAUAAGUUCAGGCAAGGAAGUUUUUUCC